AUGCGCCGUGAUAGUGCCCAUUUGUGCUACGGCCCCCAUUCACAGGCGGCGCAUCUCGCCGAAUUGCAAGCGCAGGCGGAUGAGGAGGCGGUGGCGCUGGGCGGGCCGCCAGAAGAGCUGCCAGACGAGGAGGGCCCCGUGCCGCCUCCCCGUGUCGUCGCGAACCCCAAGACGUCGACGAUGGACGACCUUUACCACGACCUGGAGGCCGUCCCGUUUCCUGAUGAGCGCAUCAAGGACGCCAGGGAGUUGCUCGGCGAGAACAGCGCCAGCGAGAUUCAGCGCAUCCAAGGUUCCUUGCAGGUUCCUUUCGGCCUCGUAUUCCUUGCGCUCGUGUCCCUCGCGUCCUUCAGCAUGCACCGCACUGUUGCGAUGUACAC